AUGUCGGUUGGACCUCCGGCGCAUAGCGAUGCGGUGAAAGUCGCGAUUCCGGCCGAACAUGUGCUAUUGCUCUCGAUGAACCGACCAAAGGCUCUGAACGCUAUGUCCUUUGAGAUGGAACAAGACUUGAGGACGCUGCUUGACUGGUUUGACGAGGAACCCAGCUUAUGGGUCGUCAUCGUCACCGGAGAAGGUCGUGCCUUCUGCGCGGGCGCCGACUUGAAGCUCUGGAAGCAGAAGAAGGAGGAAGGCUAUAACGACCAAGAAAGAAUUGCCGCCAAUGUUCAUGGGUUCGGCUCGUUAUCACGUCGUAUCAUGGCGAAACCGAUAAUUGCUUGUGUGAAUGGAGACGCAUAUGGUGGCGCCGUUGAAAUAUUGCUCAACUGUGAUAUUGUCAUCUCCUCUGAAGACGCCAGCUUUGCUCUACCCGAAGUUAAACGCGGCGUCAUUGCUGCUCAAGGCGUUAUUCCUCGACUUCGUACCUCUGCUGGUCAUCAGUUCGCGGCGGAGAUGCUUUUCCUCGGUCGGAAGAUUACUGCCAUUGAGGCUCAACAGAGAUUCGGUUUCGUCAAUCUAGUGGUCCCUCGUUCCCAGCUUCUCUCCACGGCCGUCGAUUGGGCAAAAGAGAUCACCCAGAACUCUCCGGACGCAGUGCAAGCUACGAAACGUGGACUCGUCAUCGCAAGUCGUACGGGAGACAAUGAACGCGCGGUUCUAGAUCACGCUUGGAGUGCAGAGAGCAAACGUGCAUAUACCGGCGAGAACAUUAAGGAGGGCUUGGUGGCGUUCUCAGAGAAACGCGGACCGCAUUGGAAGAACCCUGCGAAAUUAUAG